ACGUCUGCUCGCAGACACUUUUUCCCGGGAGUUCGCGUAGUUUUGUCUCGGGAGUGUACACGGACCUCGCCGGUCCCAGGGCCGCCGACAUUGUUUUACCUGCUCCGACAUUGGAUUACCUGAACAGAGCGCCGGACGGCCGCCACCGCAUCGGCACGAGUGCUCGGCGGCGGUGGACGGCGAGGAAGAGUCAUCCGGGCCGUGCGGUCCGGAAGUCGAGGUCGAGGUCACUCGAGGUCUAGGAUGAGCUAGCGGGGGCCCAGGUAGCCGGGGAUGGCGAGGUCGUCGGGGCCCAUCCGGCCUCGCCGGGCGUGGCCCUGGCUCUGGCUGUGGCUCUGGCUGGCCUCGACCUCGUCGAGGUCGGCGCACCCGGAGGAGGUCGAGGGCCCGCCCGCGGCGUUCCGCUUCACCAGGUCGGUGUACAACGUCUCCGUGCCGGAGAACUCGAUCGGCAGGACCUACGCCGUCCCGGAGGAGCGGAUGGGUAUCCACCUGGGCGGUCCAGUUCGAGGCCGAGGUCGAGGUCGGGGCCCGGGUCGGCCGGAGGUGAGAUACCGGAUCGUCAGCGGGGACCGCGACAAGUUCUUUAAGGCCGAGGAGAGGACGGUCGGGGACUUCUGCUUCCUCUUCAUAAGGACGAGGACGGGAAACGUGGACGUCCUCAACAGGGAGCGGAAGGACCGCUACGUGUUGGAAGUGAGGGCGACGGCGACCUUUCCGGCGGUAAAAAGGAAGACCUCGAGAGACGCCGAAGAGGACAACGAAGAAGACCCCGAGGAGGGCUUCGAAGAGAUCGUCAAGGAAGCGGACACCACCGUCAUGGUUACCGUCCUCGACGUUAACGACCUCAACCCUCUGUUUUACCCCACCGAGUACGAGACCACCGUCCCCGAGGACGCUGCUCUCCAUAAGAACAUCCUCAGGGUGGUCGCCGAAGACGCCGAUCUGGGCAGGAACGGGGAGAUUUACUACAGCUUCGCCGAGGAGAGCAGGCAGUUUGCGGUGCACCCGGUCAGCGGGGUGUUGACCCUGACGAGGCCCCUCAGGUACUCGGAGAAGGCCGUCCACGAACUGAAGGUCCUCGCCGAGGACAGGGGCGCUCCCUUCCGGAGCUUCGGCUCCUCCACCAGCGUGGCCAAGGUCACGGUCAGGGUGCGCAGGGUGAACCUGCACGCCCCGGAAAUCUACGUCCACCACCUGCCGGAUAUCCUGGAGCACUCGAGCGCGGACGUGUACGCCAUCGUGAGGGUGGUCGACCGGGACGAGGGGAUCCACGGGGAGAUCGAGAGCCUAGAGAUCGUCGACGGAGACCCGGACGGCCACUUCAGGGCGAGACCCGUGGACAGAGGGAUCGAAUCAUCCCGUGGAGCGGAGACGUCCCCGGAGUCCUCUUCGGGAUCACCCAGCUCAUCCUCCACCAUCCCCAGCUCCAGGGAGUACAAUAUCGAGGUGUCUCGUCUCCUGGACAAGGAGACCGCCCCCAGAGGGUACAACCUCACCCUGAGGGCUCUCGACAGAGGCGUCCCCCCGCGUUUCAGCUACAAAAGCGUUCCGGUCAAGUUGGCCGACCUGAACGACAACGCCCCGGUCUUCAGCAGGGAGAUCUACGAGGUGCGAGUCCCCGAGACCGCUCCCCCGAACACUCCCCUGAUCAGGUUGAAGAUCGCUGACGCCGACGAGGGCCGGAACGCCCUGGUCUUCCUGGAGAUCGUGGGAGGCAACGAGGGUGGGGAGUUCUACGUCAACGCGGACACGGGGACUCUGUAUACGGCGGUCGGUCUGGACGCCGAGAGGAAGGCCCUGUACACCCUGACCGUAUCCGCGGUCGACCAGGGUAAUGCCGGCACCAGGAAGCAGUCCUCUGCGAAGGUGAAAAUCAACGUCCUGGACGCCAACGAUAACGAUCCCAAAUUCGAGAGGGACGAGGCCACCCUGGCCUGGGUCGACGAGAACGAGCCCGCGGGCACUUCCGUGGCCAGGCUCGUCGCCAGAGACAGAGACUCCGGCGAGAACGCCUACAUCUCCUACAGUCUGGACAACAUCGGCAAGGUCCCGUUCGAGAUCGAGCAUUUCUCCGGUAUCGUCAGGACGAAGCGACUCUUGGACUAUGAGACGAUGCGGAGAGAAUACGUCCUCAGGGUGAGGGCUAGCGACUGGGGCCAGCCGCACCGGAGGCAGGCGGAGACGAGGCUCAGGGUGCGGCUCAGGGAUGUCAACGACAACCGGCCGCAGUUCGAGAAGGUGGACUGUCAGGGUCACGUCCCUAGGUACGUGCCCAUCGGCACGGAGAUCGCGACGGUGUCGGCGAUAGACCUGGACGCGGGGAGCGUCAUCGGGUACCGGAUCAUCUCCGGGAACGAGGAUGGCUGCUUCGCUCUGGACCCGGCCAGCGGGGUUCUCUCGGUGGCCUGCGACUUGGGGGACGUCAGGGUGAGCGAGCGAGAGAUCAAUGUGACCGCGAGUGACGGUACCCACUUCGCCGAUCCAGCAAGGAUCAGGAUGCACCUGGUGAACGCCAAGAGGAGCAGGAUGCUCACUGCCGAGGAGAACGGGGCUUUCGAGUGCAGGGACACCGGGGUGGCUAGGAGGCUUACGGAGGUCAUCGCCGCGGCGGAGAGGAACGAGGCGCCGUCCCUCCAGGACGAGGUCGACGCCGCCGGGGCGAUGAUCCCGAGCAGGUAUGGCGAGAACAUCCACGCUCCGGAAUUCGUCGAGUUCCCUGACGAGGUCAGGGUGAAUGAGUCCCUACCAGUUGGAUCGACCCUGGUGAAGCUCCGCGCGAGGGACAGGGACCAGGGAUACAACGGAGAACUCGUCUUCGGGAUCUCCGCCGGCGACCGGGACUCCGUCUUCGCGGUGGACCCCGACACCGGGGAUCUUCGCUUAGUGGGUCGUCUGGAUAGGGAAAGGGAGACCGAGUACUUCCUCAACGUCAGCGUCUACGACCUGGGCCAGCCCCAGAAGGCCGCCUCGAGAAUGCUCCCGGUGACGGUCCUCGAUGUCAACGACAAUCCCCCCAGAUUCGAGAAGUCUCUAGCGAGCUUCAGAGUCUCCGAGAGCGCCCUGGACGGCACCUCGGUGUUCAGGGCCAAUGCCACCGACGCCGACCUCGGGGAACACGCCAGGGUGGUCUACUCCCUGGUGACGGAGACCGAGGACUUCAAGCUGGACCCCGUUACCGGGGUCCUGGCCGUCAAGGGAGGCCUCGACCGGGAACGCCAGGACCUCUACGAGCUGAAGAUCAGGGCGAUCGACAACGGAGGUCGACCUCCGGCUCUGCAUUCCGAGGCCCUCGUCCGGGUCACCGUCGACGACGUCAACGACAAUCCCCCCAAGUUCGCCCUGGCGAGUUAUACCGUCAAACUCAGAGAAGACGUCCCACCCUGGACCGUCGCUGCCGUCUUGGAGGCUGCCGAUCCCGACGAAGGGGCCGCCGGCAGGGUCGAGUACUUCCUGGGCGGCGAGGACGAGGACGACGAGGGCUUCUUCGAGGUCGACGAGCUCUCCGGCACCGUCAGGACUGCCAGGAAACUCGACUUCGAGGAGCGCCAGGUCCACACCCUGACGGUGCUCGCCGUCGAUCGAGGCGAACCCGCCCUCUCCGCGGAGACGAUGCUCGUCGUCGAGGUCGUCGACGUCAACGAGAACCUUCACCCUCCGGUGUUCGAGGACUUCGUCGUCUCAGCGAGGGUCCCCGAGAACCGACCCAUCGGCACCCUGGUCACGACUGUGCGCGCCAAGGACGCGGAUCCCCCGGGAGGCGACUCCAGAGUCGGGUACACCAUCCGCGGCGGCGACGGACUCGGCCUGUUCUCCAUAGACGACGAGGGAAAUAUAAGGACCAACGCCGUCCUCGACGUCGAGACUAAAAGAGGCUAUUGGCUGAGCGUUUACGCCCAGGACCACGGGGUCGUUCCUCUGAGCUCCAAGUUACAGGUGUACGUGGAGGUGGAGGACGAGAACGACAACACCCCCCUGACGGAGGAGCCAGUGUACUACCCCUCGGUGCCGGAAAAUUCGGCCGCGGGGGUGAGCGUGCUCCAGAUAACAGCCUUCGACAGGGACGUCUCCGAGCAGCGACUCACCUUCUCCAUCAGCAGUGGAAAUCCCGCAGGAUACUUCCUCAUAAAUUCUACUACCGGGCUGAUCACCACCAGCGGGAGGAAGCUGGACCGCGAGAACCAGGCGGAGCACGUCCUCGAGGUCACCGUGAGGGACGACGGCAGGCCACCCCUGUACUCCACGACUCGGGUCGUGGUGAUAGUGGAGGAUGUCAACGAUCACGGUCCAGAGUUCGAGGAGAAGUUCUACUCAGUGAGAAUCCCAGCCUCCUCCUCCAUAGACGAGCCGCUCUUCCAGAAAUCGAGGGAUCGCUCGAGGGAGCUCGACCUCUCGAUCGAUGCCCUGCUCGAGAAUGGGACUUGGGAGACCUUUAAUCCGGACGAGGUGUCAGGAGAUCAUAUACUCAGGGUCCUGGCUUACGACAAGGACAUCGGCGUCAACGGGAAGAUCCAGUACAGCAUCAAGGGUGGACGUGGAAAGGGGAAGUUCAAGAUCCAUCCUGACACAGGGAUGGUCACCGCGCAGAGGGGCUUCGAGGCCGGCCAGGAAUACGAGAUGAUGAUCCGCGCAGCCGAUGGAGGCCAGCCCCAGAGGAGCCACCAGACCAGGGUGUCCGUGGAGGUGGUGGAGGCGCCGAAGGAAUCCGAGCACCCUCCGGUCUUCCGAAGUCCGAAUCAAAGUGCAGAGGUGACGGAAAGCGACGAAGUCGGCUUCCUGGUGGCACUGGUGCAGGCCUCGGACGAGGACGGGGACCCCCUGUGGUACGACAUCGUCGCCGGCGACGAGAAGAACGAGUUUUUCAUCGGCCGCGACAACGGGAACGUCCUCUUGGCGAGAAGGCUCGACUGGGAGACCCAGAGUCUCUACAACCUGACGAUCUCUGCCAGCGACCUGGUGCACACCUCGUACACCCAGCUCCUGGUGACGGUGAUCGACAUCAACGACCACCGGCCGGAGUUCACGCAGCAGACUUACCAGGUCGACGUGUCCGAGAGCGUGGAAAAGGGGGAACGGAUCCUGCAGCUCCACGCGACCGAGCUGGACGAGGACAAGCGAGUUUUCUACAGCCUCCACGCAGCGCAGAGUCAAGCAUCCUUAGGGAUCUUCCACGUGGACUCGGUGACAGGAGCGGUGUCCCUGAACGGCGCCCUCGACCGGGAGACCAUGGAGCGGCACGUUCUGACGGUUAUGGUGAGGGACCAGGGUACCCCUGCGAAGAGGAACUACGCCAGGGUCAUCGUCAACGUCCACGACCACAACGACCAUGCUCCGGAGUUCACCAGCGAGCUGGUGCAAGGGAAGGUAUUCGAGACCUCUCCUGUGGGAACAGCCGUGGUCCAGGUGUGCGCGAUCGACCGGGACCGGGGAGAGAACGCCCGUCUGACCUACGCCAUCACCUCCGGAAACGUGGGGAACGUCUUCGGAAUCGACCCUGACCUGGGACUGGUCAGGGUGGCCAGAGAGCUAGACUUAGGGGUGGCCUCGGAGUACAUCCUCCUGGUCAAGGCCGUGGACCAUGGCUCCCCGGCUCUCGCCACCACCAUCCCUGUCCACGUCAUGGUCACCAUGGCUGAUAACGCCCCACCUCGUUUCCUCCGGAAGGAACUCGCCGCAGAGAUCUACGAGAACCAGAGAAUCGGAGCUUAUGUUAAGCACGUCGAAGCCAGGAGCACCUCGUCCCUUCAGUUUGAGAUUAGGAAAGGGAACAGGGAUGAUACCUUCUUUGUUAAUCCCAGCACUGGCGUUAUCACCACGAAGAACCUGGUGGAUUACGAGAGGACCAAGUUCUACAACCUGACCGUUGCUGCCACCAACAUGGCCGGGGCUACUGCUGUCUGCAAUGUCAUCGUUCAUGUCUUGGAUAGGAAUGACAAUCCUCCCAGAUUCCUGCAGGCCGUGUACAGUGGAGAGAUCAGCGAAGCUGCAGAAGUGGGUUCCUUGGUCCUGGCGAACGGCAGCACUCCCCUCGUCAUCAAGGCCGAGGAUGCAGAUUCCGAGCUAAACGCUCUACUGAACUACGACAUCGUCGAGGACCUGCCCAGGAAGUAUUUCCACGUGGACUCGAGCACCGGAGCCAUCAGGACGGUGAUGGUCCUGGACCACGAGACCCUGUCGGAGUUCGCGUUCCACGUGAAGGUGUCCGACCUGGGCAGGCCGAAGCUCUCGUCCGAAACCACCGCUAAGGUCGUCAUCGCCGUGACCGACGUGAACGACUGCGCUCCCAGGUUCCUGCAGACGAGGUACAACGCCACCCUGCUGUUGCCGACGUACAAGGACGUGGCGGUAUUGAGGGUAUCCGCGACAGACCUGGACAGUCCUCAGCAACAGCAGCCCCUAAAGUACGACAUCGUGGACGGCAACGACGCGAAGGUCUUCGCCAUAGACCAGGAAUCCGGGGUGAUCACGGUGAACGAGCCCGAGAGGCUGAGGAAGAGCCACCUUUUGCAUGUCAGGGUGUCCGAUGGGAAGUUCUCCAGCGUCGCCCAGGCCUUCGUUCAGGUGGAGAGGUCGGAGAACUCCGGACUGGUCUUCCAGAAGAGCGUCUACGAGGGCGCCAUCCUGGAGAACUCCACUAAGGUCGUCACCGUGGUCGUCGUCAAUGUCCUGGGGAGUGCCCUGAACGAGCACGUGGCCUUCAAGGUGCUGAACCCCACGGAGAUGUUCGCCAUUGGUCCCACCUCGGGGGCCAUCAGGACUACCGGGGUCAGGUUCGACCGGGAGAGCAGGGAUAAUUAUGAGCUCAUCGUCGAGGCCAAGAGCCAGAUGCCUGAUAGGGACAAGCCAAGAGUCGCGCAUGCAAUUGUCAAUGUCACUGUCCUUGACAUCAACGACAACUGCCCCAUGUUCGUUAACCUGCCGUAUUAUGCGGUGGUCUCGGUGGACGCGCACAAGGGCGACGUCAUCACCAAGGUCCACGCCGUGGACAUGGACAGCGGUGACAACGGGGAGGUCAGGUACGAGCUGAAGAAGGGACACGGGGAGCUCUUUAAGGUGUGCCGGAAAACCGGGGAGAUCUCUCUGAAGCAGAACCUGGAGGGCCACAACCGGGAGUACCAGCUGACGAUUGCAGCCUAUGACGGAGGAAUAACGCCCUGCUCCGUCGAGGUGCCCGUCAACGUGAAAGUCAUCGACCGAUCCAUGCCAGUCUUCGACAAGCAAUUCUACACGGACACCGUCCUGGAGAACAUCGAAAUCCAGUCUCCUCUGGCUCUUUCCAUCCACGCAGAGUCGCCAUUAAACCGCAAACUAAUCUACAGCAUCAGCAAGGGCAACGACUUCGAGGAAUUCGCCCUGGACUUCAACACCGCCCCCGAGAGUAACAAUGGUCCUUGUGUAAUCUCUGUGGUGGAUGAGCUGGAUUAUGAGCAGAAGAAGCAAUACGAGCUGACGGUCAGGGCCACCGACAGCGUCUCCGGGGUCUUCGCCGAGGUCCUCGUGAGCAUCCUCGUCCUGGACGUCAACGACUGCCCCCCGGAAUUCACCCAGGACUCUUACAACAUCUCCGUCUCCGAGGCGGCACCCUUUGGCACCUCCGUGCUGAAGCUCAGCUCCAGAGAUAACGACACCGGGAUCAACCAGGAGGUGCGAUACUCCCUGGAGAACGACACCCAGGGCAGCGCCGAGCUCUUCCACGUGGACCCUGAAGAAGGGGUGAUUUUUCUGAAGAGGUCCCUAGACCACGAGACGCGAGACGUGCACCAUCUGACGGUGAUAGCGAGUGAUAAGGGGGUCCCGAGUCUGACCUCGACAGCGCAUGUCUGGGUGACCGUCGUGGACAUGAACGACAACCCCCCAAAAUUCGAGCAGCCCUCCUACUCGUGUUUCCUCUCGGAGCACGCAGAGCGGGGUCAGUUCGUGACAGUCGUCUCUGCCAGCGAUCCCGACCUGGUGGACGAGAAGCUGACCUACAGCAUCGUCGGGGGCAACGAGCAGCAGACCUACAACGUGGACCCCUCCAGCGGGGUGGUGACCCUGAUCAACAUGCAGAACUUCGGCGAGCAGAAGAUGAGCUUGUUGAACGUGUCCGUUACGGACGGGGUGUACACCAGCUUCACCAGGGUGAAGAUCGAGAUCCUGCCGGCGAACCUUCACAAUCCCAAGUUCCCAAACCCGCAGACGGAGAUGACGGUGCUGGAGAACCAGCUUCCUGGGAGAUUGGUCGGCGUGGUGGUCGCGAAUGACGAUGACUUCGGGGAGUUCGGCUCCGUCAUCUACUCCAUCCCCUCGGAUUACAUGAGGGACGUGUUCGACGUCAAUCGCGUUACCGGGGAGAUCGUCACCAGGAAGAGACUCGACCGGGAGGAAAGGAAGCUCUAUGAAGUCCCCAUCAUGGCCACCGAUGGUGGAGGGAGGUCGGGGUUCGUCAUAGUCCGUGUCAAGGUCGGGGAUGAGAACGACAAUUCCCCGGAGUUCCUCCUCAGGGAGUACAAGGCGACGAUUCAGGGCAACUCCAGCCUGAAUGUGCCGUUCCUCAAGGUUAAGGCUUUGGACCCUGACGAUGGGGAUGCGGCCAGGGUGGAGUACUCCAUUUAUGAGCCGCAGAGCUCCGAGGCCAGGGAGCUCUUCGGCAUCAACAAGGACUCGGGGGCUCUCUUCUUGAAGAAGAGCGCUAGACCCUGGGAGAACCAGCAGUUCCAGCUGUUCAUCAGGGCGUCGGACAAAGGGUCCACGUCGCACCACGCCGACGUGCCCUUGAGCGUGUACAUAAUGGGCCCUGAAGACAUCCCCCCGCUCUUCGAGAGGAAGGAGGACAAAUUCUUCUACUCGGAGGCUUCCCCAGUAGGGACGCCGAUAACGAAGCUGAGGACGGUGACAAACGCGACCGUGACCUACCGCAUAGUGUCCGGAGACAUGGACUCCCCAUACUUCAGGGUCGACCCCCAGGGUCAGAUCACUCUGGCGAAACCUCUGGACCGAGAGCUCAAGGACAGCCACCUGAUCGGCGUCCUGGCGGAGACGGACUCCAGCCCACCCUUGACCGCCCUGGCCGAGAUCUCCCUGCACGUCCUGGACGAGAACGACCACGCUCCAAAAUUCGAGAGCAACCCCUACACGAUAAACCUCGCAGAGAACGUCGAAGAGGGCACUUCGAUCCUUAAGGUCGUCGCCUACGACGAAGAUUUGGCAAGCAACGGGGAAGUGCGCUACUCUUUCGGCCCCGACGUGGGGGAACUAGCCAACGUCUUCACCGUGGACGCGUACACAGGGUGGGUGUCCACCCUGGUCCAGCUGGACAAGGAGAAGCGCGCAGAGUACAAGUUCCAGGUGGUCGCGACCGACAACGGGAGCCCCAAGCACUUCACCAGGACCUACGUCCAGGUGAAGCUGAAGGACUACAACGACAACUCCCCCAGGUUCGCGUCGGACCAGUACGAAGUCACCGUGAGCGAGGACGCCCUGCCAGGAACGGUGGUGGUGAAGCUGAAGACGGAGGACGAGGACGAUGUGGAGACCCCGGUGGAGUUCUACGUGACCUCCGGAGACCCCAGGUCGCAGUUCCAGAUACGGUCCACCGGGGAGGUGUACGUCGCCAAGGCUCUGGACAGAGAAACCCGGGACGAGUACGACUUGGAUGUGGUGGGCACCGACGGGAAAUUUGUGUUCGACACCAAGGUGAACGUCAGGGUGCUGGACGCGAACGACAAUCCUCCUUACUGCUUGAAAUACAGGUACAGGGAGGUUUUGUCCGAGGGUUCCCACCCUGGGACGUAUGUAACUACUGUUCUCGCGACCGAUCACGACGACGAACCCAACGCGAAACUGCGGUUCUACCUGACGGGGGACAACAACGACCACUUCUCGCUGGACCAGAAUACAGGGGUGCUGAAGACGGUGGGUCAGCUGGACCGCGAGAGCAGGGCCAGGUACAUCCUGACGGCCCACGUCCAGGACCGCGACAAGCCCAGUUGGGAGUGCUCCUCCCAAUUGGAGAUCCUCGUGUCGGACCUCAACGACAAUGCCCCCAGAUUCACCACCAGGAACUACACCGCCGCUCUGUUAGAGGACGUAGAAGUCGGCACCCUGGUGACCAAGGUCCACGCCACCGACGACGACAUCGGCAUCAACCGCAAGGUCAGGUACGAGUUCGUCGACUCAGCUGGGGGGCACUUCCUAAUGGCACCAGACAGUGGCAUCGUCACCCUGGCGAAGCCGCUGGACCGGGAGACCACGGCCUCCUACAACCUGACCGUCCAGGCCGUCGACCAGGGGACGCCUCGGCUCUUCGGCACCGCCAACCUCCUCGUCAUCGUCCAGGACAUCAACGACAACCCCCCCGAGUUCACCUCGAAGUUCUACUUCUCCCGCAUUCCGGAGAUCGACGCCGUGGGCACCGAAGUCGCCAGGGUGCUCGCCACCUCCAAGGACACCGGCGUAAACGCCGACGUGUACUACUCCAUCGUCGGCGGGAACGAGCACAAAAAGUUCCAGAUCGACGAGAUCUCGGGGGUCAUCGCCAUUGCGGAGCAGCUGGACUUUGAACGAGCCCGGGACUACUUCUUGACCAUUCAGGCCAUUGAUGGAGGCACACCUGCGUUGACGAACCAUGCCACGGUGAACAUCACGGUGACGGAUUGCAAUGACAAUGCGCCGAUUUUUAGCGAGGCAUCCUACAGGGCCUCCGUCAGGGAGGACGCCAAGGUCGGGGAGAGAGUCAUCGCGGUAUUCGCUACCGACCUGGACAGCGAAGAAAACGGAAACGUCUCCUACAGGAUAGAGCGCGGCGACAGGCAGAAGCAAUUCACCAUUGACGAAAGGACUGGUCAGAUCAUGGUUGCAGCUCCUCUGGAUCGAGAGUCGGUGGCGAGCUACAUGCUGGAGGUGCACGCGAGGGACAGCGGGAUCCCGACUUUGUCGAGCUUCGCCAUGGUCAGCAUCGACAUCAUCGACGCGAACGACAAUCCUCCGCUAUUCUCUCAAUUAAAUUACACAGCGGUGGUCCAGGAAGACAAGCCUCUGGGUUACAUAGUUCUCCAGUUCUCCGUGACCGACGCGGAUGGUCCCCCGAACGCAGAGCCAUACACCUUCGACUUCCGAUCGGGAAACGAGGGCGACGCAUUCAGGAUAGAGCAAGACGGGACCCUGAGGACGGCUACGAAGUUCAGCAACCGGGUCCGAGACAAGUACCUCCUGCACAUCCGGGUGUUCGACAACGGAACGCCACCCUUGUACUCGGACGCGCACAUCGUGGUGAAGAUCAUCGAGGAGUCUCAAUACCCCCCAACGAUCACCCCCUUGGAGGUGACGAUCAACUCCUACCUGGACGAGUAUCCUGGGGGGAUAAUAGGUCGAGUGCACGCAUCCGACCAGGACCAGUACGACACCCUGACGUACAAGCUAGUCCCCUCUUCCCCGAUGCCGAACACGGACCUCUUCCAGGUGGACAAGCUAGACGGUACCCUGGUGGCCCUCCCCCGCCUGGACGUGGGGGAGUACCGGGUGAACGUGAGCGUAUCGGACGGGAAAUUCGAGUCCUUCGCCACGGUGAAGGUGAACAUCGACCUGGUGACCCAGAAGAUGCUGGAGAGCUCGGUGAUCGUGCGUUUCCGGGAGGUCAGCCCCGAAGACUUCAUCCUGAGUCACAGAAAAGGAUUCGUAAGGACGGUCAGGAACGCGAUGAACUGCCGUUUGAAGGACGUGGUGAUAAUAAGCGUGCAGUCCUCGACGGACGAGGCGAACCUGAUAAAGUCCCGGGCGACGAGGCAGGCGGUGCACAACGAUCUGGACGUGUUGUUCGCGGUGAGGAAGUCCCAGGUAGGGAUGACGACUCUCUCGGAGAACUAUUUCGCCUCGGAGAGCAUCAGGGAGUCGCUGAACCAGAGGGUGGAGGAGCUGGAGGAAUCGACCAAGCUCGUCGUCGAGGAGAUAGUCAGGUUCAAGUGCAGCAAGGGGCACUGCGUCUACGGCGACUGCCACGACAGGGUGGUCCUGGACCCGGCCAGGAUUUCGCCGAUCGCGACGGACGUGACCAGUUUCGUCGCCCCUCGGCACCACCAUAGGUUAGAAUGUUCCUGUAAGGAGGGCUACGCCGGGAACCAUUGCGAGAUCGUGGUGAACGAGUGCGCCCGUCAGCCGUGCCCCCUCUUCAAGAUCUGCGUCCCGGAUUCCUCCCAGCAGGGGUACUCCUGCCAGUGCCCCGAGGGCUUCGGGGGUCAGACCUGCGAAAUAGACAACUCCAAGUGCCACGACAAGUCCUGCUACUUCCCUAGGAACCCGAUCUCCUUCGGAGGGAAGAGCUACGCCAGAUACAGGAUCGACAAGAGCCUGGUGCGCCAGACCGUCGAGGACCGCGUGAGCCUCUCCCUCAGGGCGAGGACCGUCCAGCCCACCGGGAGUCUGAUGUUCGCUUCGGGAAAAGUCGACUACAAUGUCCUGGAGGUGGUGAACGGAGUGGCGCAGUACAGGUUCGACCUGGGUAGUGGGGAGGGCCUGGUCAGGGUGAGCAGCGUCUACAUCAGCGACGGCCAGUGGCACGAGCUCCAGCUAGAAAGAGAAGGCAACAGCGCCAGGUUGACCGUCGACGGGAAGCACGUGGCCCAUGGUUCCGCACCUGGAGUCAACGAGGUCCUCAACCUGCAGGCCGAUGACCUGUACCUGGGCGCAGACGUCAGACAGCAUGCCUCGAUCCUCGGCUUCGAGGACGUCCAACGCGGCUUCGUCGGCUGCAUGGACGACGUUAGGAUAGCUGGAGUACCUGUUCCCCUGCUCAAGAGCGGAGCAGGGAGUGUGGCUUUCUUGAAACUGUUCGCCAACGUGGAGUUCAGCUGCGACCCUGGGGUCGUCCUGGUGCCGACAGGUGCCUGCGGGUCUCAGCCUUGCCUGAACGGUGGUACUUGCUCGGAAAGAGAACCCAACGGGUACGAGUGCCAAUGCCAGGGUAGGUUCACGGGUCUCACCUGCGAGCUGGACACCGACCCCUGCGCGUCCGCACCCUGUCUAUACGGGGGCAGAUGCAAGAUGGUACCUGGCGGGGCUGGGGACUACACCUGUGAUUGCGUUGGACCUAGCCUCAGUGGAAAGCGCUGCGAGUUCGGCAGGUACUGCACACCCAACCCCUGCGCUCAUGGUGGAGUCUGCGAGGAGGGUGACGAUGGACCGAUCUGCAGGUGUAGAGGCUUCACCGGGGAGCGGUGUGAGGUCGACCUCGACGAGUGCGAGACCUCGCCUUGCAUGAACGGUGGCACCUGCAUCAACGAGGUGGGGAGCUACCGUUGUAUCUGCCCUGCAACUGCAACCGGGGCCAACUGCGGUCAACCCGCCAGGUCGUCCACCGCGAUCGUCUCCACGCCGCACUUCGACAUCACCUGGGACCAACUCCUGUGGGUCGGAGUGGCGGUGCUGGUGAACGUCUUCCUGGUGGUCGUCUUCGUGGCCUACCGCAGGAUACGCACGAAGCGCACCCGGGCGAGGGCCGACAACAUCAACAACGAGACCAGGAAGCAGAUCGUCCUGAACUCAGCGAGGACGCACGAGCACGAGUUCAAGCGGAACUCGAAAUUGAGCAACCUCGAGGUCAUCCAGCGAGAACCCCCUCAAUGUCCACCACGUCCUGCCUCCUACACCCCGAGCUCCAACAACGAGCCCAGCAGCGCCUAUUCCACGGCCGUGGCCUUGAACAACCUGGACACCCUGCGGAGCUAUGGGAGCGCCGGAGACGAACUGGAGAACUUCCCUCCGGACUACCUGAGGAACCUGAACCGCUCUACCCCGGUCCCUCCUCCAUCCUUGACCUUGUCCAACCCGGUGAGUGGCAAUGCCCCAGGGAGCGACUCGGACAGCCUCCACAAGCCGACCUGGCAGGAGCAGAUGCAGCUGGCCAGCUUCAUCACGGAUGCUGCAAAGAUCAAGAACGACCUGAAACGAGCGAGUCCAGUGGUACCUGAACUGACCACUGGAGGUCUAAUUCUAAACUCGCGGCGGGGACCUCAUCCCGGUGGCACGUCGGUCGCUUCUCUCUCUUCCAUCGAGGACGACCCUCGCAUCGUCGGCGGUUACCACUGGGAUUGCUCAGACUGGGUGCGACCUAGCCAGAAUCCCCUGCCGAACAUCACCGAGGUCCCAGGAAGCGAGGUCCCCGACUCGUCCAGCUUCCACAGCAACGAGAGCAACGAGUCAAACGCCCAUCAGCUGCCGCCUCUACACGGUCCUGUGGACCCAACGAGGGACAUCGAGACCCUGAACGAGGACCAGGAGUCCGAGUACGUGGGGGACUCCGAGUGCGGCACCGAGUUCUCCGAGCCGUACCGCAUCGCGGAAACGCAGCGGCUGAACCCCCUCGACAGCGGGGGCGAGGCGGAAUACAAGUACAGGGACUCGGACAGCUACCUGAGGCACCCUAAUUCCUAUCUACCGCAUUACAACAUCCACACGGACACGGAGAACGAGGCGAACCCGCUGAACGGUCGGCUGGGCGGCCUCGAGUCCGACCCCGAAGACGAUGACGACGACGUAGUGCCUUACGGUUUCCCGAGCGCGCGGCGCAACAACCGGUGCCACCGCAAGGGCGACGACGCCGACGACGUCGGCUCGGUCAUCACCACCCUCGAGGAGAGGAACUCCCUCCUGGGGGGCGGGACCAGCAACAGCGACCUCUCGGCGAACCUCUGCGAGAUCGAGGACUCGGAGUACGAGGUCACCGAGAGGAAGGGCACCGCCAGGGCAUGGCUCAAGACCGGAGGCAUCACGCAGACCUCCGUGUGACGAACGCCAUGACUCGCGGCGAGACUUUUAUCUCGCGGCGGUUAUGUAUAUACGGGUUUCGUACCGUUGAGAAGUUGAGAGGGGGCUGAAAAAUUGACGUCUCUUCCUCUCCUCCUCGAUCAGCACCCCUCGUCGAGACUGUCGCGGAUCUGUAUAUAGUUCGUUUUUUUUUUUUUUUCUUAGAGAUAAGCGAGAACGGAAUUCAAGGAGCCGAGGGCGAACCUUCUCGGUACCUCCGCUCGCGUCACCCAGACUGGGCGAAGUCCUCUUCAGGGUGUACCUCGUGGACGGUGACGGUGUCCAGGACCCUGCGAGCUGGGUCGCGCGCCGAUAGACCAAUGACUUAUUUAUCGAUGACGUUAAUGUCGUUUAAGAGUAAUGUAUACCGCGACUGUAUUUCCAUUCCUGAGGCGAGUCCACGUGGUCGCGUGGUCCGUCUUCAUCAUUUAUUUUGGUUACAGGGCCAAAAUGGCGACUUAACCUCGGCCGAGUCUAGGGACUAACGUUUCCGCGUCUCUCUUCGCGUCUUCUGGUCGUCGGAGGGAUCCAGGGUCGACGAGAUAUAUCGGAAUAUAUUUUACUGUGAUGAUAAUAACGUUUAUAUCGACGAUCCACGACCACUGAUCGGUCGGCCCGGUUUACGCCGAUAACGCUAUCCGCGCGCUAAAGGCGUUGUUUAAUUAAACCCUCGGUGUAAACUGUAAUAUACCAAGACGGUGAUCCGAUCGACACGAGACACGACCGUUUCCACCGAGAGUUUGCUAAAACCACGGCUUUAGUGGCUUACCAAGUGAUCGAGGUAAACCGAGCCGACAUGCCCGACUUUUUUUUUUACAAAACAGAGAAUCGAGGGGGGUUUCCGCGUCCUCUACUGCACGCCAUUUUUUUUUCUCUCCCGGGUGGAUUUCCCCAUAGAUCUUCCCCAUGAAUAUGUAAAUAUGCGAGAUGUAUACCCCGGACCCGGUGGGGGCGGUCUCGGGGCAUUCCACCCGGGGGGCGAGAGUGCCAUCCGGUCGUUGAUUCGUUUUUUGGUCCUGUGUCCUGAUUUGGGGACACGUAGGACCCAGAGAACUUGUUCCUCGUCGGUAGAGCCGUCGAUUCUCGAUGCCAUAGGGAAGCAAUGCAUUUCUACGUACAUAUAAAUAUAUAUAUAUAUAUAUAUACAUAUACGGUAUAUCUUUCGGGAUUAAGGCCGUACCUCGUAAGAGAGCACGAGACCUCUCGCCCCGAAGAGUCGACUAGGGAAAAUGGCCGACACUUUCCGAGUGACUUCCUCGCGGCAGCUAAAACUGAGAAGACUUCUCCCGGGGAAUCGCGUUUUAUGUUCCUGUUUCGCGAAGGACGUCCCCCGGCCACCUUGCUCGCGACCAUAGACUAGUUGACCAUUAGGGCGGUAACCGUGAAACAGGGUGAUUUUUUACGCUCGUGGGGUCGGCAUAAAGGUGAAAAGAUUCGCCACAAAGAGCGAGUGCAACGUCCAAGGACGCAAGAUUCCUGGAAUCGACCUAGGCGUCCCUAACCUCGAAAGAAAUAAGAAAAUCGAAAAUACCUAUGCAAUUUACAUUCCCCGCGUUAAUGAUUAUUAGAGACAAGCCACGCCUGUAAAAAUGACUUAAAAGUUAACACUUGAUUACCGAAUAUUUUUCUACGAUUUUUUUUCUUUACGGUGCAUAAUCGACCUACGAUAAUUGAAAGAUAACCAAACUACGUCAGCGUUUAAUUGUUACGGGGAAAUUGCGCGCACCGUGGAAAAUAAAUUCUUUGGGAUUGUCAACUGAUUGGAGGACAGGGACGUUAAAUUCCUGGCCGUUUCCAGGAAUUUCCUCUUGGGCAUGAGUGGAUGAUUAAUUAUAUGUAUAAAAUAUGUACAUGGAACGGCCGAGUCCUUCCUCGGCCACUUCCGUCUUAUCCCGUGGAAGGGCCACGCUUUCGUCUUCAGCUGGUGAAUAACUUGAUCGCUAACGAGUGAAUUAUCACAAAUUCUCGUCCAGGUGGCCUUCCCCUGGUAUCUCGGGCCCCGGAGAGGUUAUAUUCCUUUCGAGGCGCCCUGGAGUGCCUCGAUUCACGACGAACGGUUUGCAGGGUACACGGGGAGAUGUGCGAGCAGCUAUUAAAAUUAAGAUUUUUAAGUUCCUCUUUUCAACGGGGCUCGGUUCUCCGUGAUAUGGGGCGAUGCACAAGUGCAAUUGGCGGCCAUUUACCUCGGGUCUUCCGAGAGCUGAACACGAAGGCGCAGCCUAGCCCUAUAUCGGGUGCGGCUCGUUCUGCGGAUUAAUCGACUCGAUAAAUCGUUCUGUCGAUAUAGGGGGCGUACGAAAAGAAAAAAAGAAAAGUUUGAACAAAAGAGGAAGAUAAGACGUCGCCGGCGAACCGGGUCGCACCUUUGUAUGUGCAUCGGGCCGCGUGUAAAUCUACGGAACCGCGCCUCGAGAGCUCGAGCCUCGGCGCGGCCGAUUCUUCGGCUCGAUACGAUUGAACCUGGAUUAUUUAUUCUAUAUUAGAAUGAAGUAAGACGAGGGACACUGUACAGUUAAUUUAAUGAAUUGUAUCAAGUUAAAAGGCCGCGCCGGUAGCCCGAGUUCCCUGGAUUUCUUUACGAGGCCGGCCCCAAGAAAUUGGCGUCCUUAGGAUUAAGUCGCGAUUCGUUCAGUCGAGAUCUUGGAGACUGGGAUCCGGAAAUCUUUUCAAAAAGUCGGAACAAGCUUUUACAGACUCCUGGUACUUUCACUUUUCCAGAUGGAUUUCUUUUACCCGCCGAUCGAAUGCGCGAUGACAAUUGACGGUUACCUUUUUUUUUUUCCUACAUAGAUUUCAGUUAUAAGGCUUUUCUACGGAAUGUACUCAAAAAGAGUCUUAAUCGUUUUCACUUGAACUUGGAGAAACGGAAUUUUUCUUUAGAUUUGAUAUAACAGGUCGAGGUGUAUUAUAUACGUGUGCAGGAUCAAUCGAAUUAUGUAGGAAGAAAGCCGCGUGAAGGUGACGCCUGUUACUCCACUUUUAUACUUUCUCGGUUAUUUAAACUUAUCGGAAUGUAAAGAACUAGCCCUGGAUAAUAGUAUACAUAUCGAUGAUAAUACAGUACGUUCCCUUGGGGAACGAGCCACUUGACUUGUUAUAACUGUAAGGCUAUAAUUAAUUUGUACAAGAUCAACCUAUUGUAAUAAAGAAACGAAUCUUGCCUAUAA